AUCAUUUCCGUUGAGUUUCCAAGAUGGCUGCCCACACAUGUAAACAUGCGACUUGAUCUGGAAAUUAGUGCUGUUCAAGCUUGAAUUUUUUGGAGCAUUAUUCACCACGUAGAUCCGUGUGACGUGGACUGUUUGGAUAUUAACAUCCGAUACGGGAUUGUUAACAAAGAAGAGAUACAUUUGUGUGUUAUUACCGAGCCAAAAAAGGCUAACGUUAGCCUGCUAAUCCCCAGCGUUAGCUCGGCAGCAGAGCCAUGCCAGCGCUGACUUUAUUCGUUGGUUCUCUGCCAGCUUCAGCUUCAAAUGAACGACUGGAGGAAAUAUUCUCUGAAAUUGGUCCGGUUAAAUCGUGCUUCGUGGUCAGAGACAAAGGCACAGAAAAAUGUCGGGGAUUUGGCUAUGUCACAUUUUCCAUGGAGGAAGAUGCACAGCGAGCCUUAAAAGAUGUAAAAGACUACGAGGGAAAGAAGCUUUCUAUAUCGGUGGCGAAGAAGAAAAUAAAAGACAAAAGGAAAACAGCACCUAAAGAGCCAGCUGCAGCUCCAAAAGAAAACGAGGAGAAAUCCAAAGGCUUAAGGAAAACGCACCUAAAAGCGAGACUCAUCAUUAGGAACCUGAGUUUUAAGUGCUCGGAAGAUGAUCUCAAAGAAGUAUUUUCCAAGUUUGGAACAGUCCGCGAGGCUAAAAUUGCCCUCAAACCAGAUGGAAAGAUGCGAGGAUUUGCAUUUAUCCAAUUUAAAAAUGUGUCUGAGGCAGCAAAAGCACUAACUGCUAUGAACCUGAAGGAAAUAAAAGGUCGGCAGGUAGCAAUUGACUGGGCUGUGCCGAAGGACAAGUUUAUUGCCACACAGUCUUCCUCAAUUGCAGGAACUAAAAAUACUGAGGCAUCAGCAAAACUGUUAGACUCAAAGAGUGACAGUGAAGACGAGGAAGAGGAAAAGCCACAAGCAGCACCUGCAAAGAAAAAAGUCACUACCAAACCUGAAGUGGAGGAUGUCCAAUCGGGAGAGGAAGAUGAUAGCGAGGAACAAGACAGUGAGGAGGAGGAGGACGACGAGGACGAUGAGGAGGACGAGGACGACAAGGACGAUGAGAAAGAAGAUGAUGAUGUGUCCCAGGAGGAUGAUGAUGAGGAUAAGAGUAGCCUUGAUUCAGAUGAUGAUCAAGAUGAGAGUGAGGACGAUGAGGAUGAUGAUGAUGAUAAAGAGGAAGAAUCAGCCAAAAAGAAAAAAUCCAAGAAACUUCUCCCUUCAGAUGUAAAAGAGGGCAGAACAAUAUUCAUCAGGAAUCUGUCGUUUGACACAGAGGAAGAGGGUCUGGAGGAAGUACUUUUAAAGUAUGGAGAGCUUAAUUACAUAAAGGUUGUUCUCCACCCAGACACUGGACAUUCAAAAGGUUGUGCAUUUGCUCAGUUUAAGAAUAAAGAGGCUGCAGACAAAUGCAUAGCUGCUGCACAGGAGGAGGCUCAGAGCGCUGGUAUCCGUUUGGAUGGCAGAAAGCUGAUGAUUGUUGCAGCGGUGACCAGAGAGGAUGCUUCCAAGCUGAAAGUGGACAAAGUGAAAGUAGAAACAGGCACCAGAAACCUCUACCUGGCAAGAGAGGGAUUGAUCCGUGCUGGAACCAAGGCUGCAGAGGGUGUCCCUGAAGCAGACAUGGCCAAAAGAACCAGAUUUGAAGAAAUAAAGAAGACCAAGCUUCGCAGCGUAAAUGUCUUUGUUUCAAAGAAUCGUCUGUGUGUCCAUAACCUACCCAAGUCAGUGGACGACAAAAAACUCAAAGCUCUCUGCCUCCAAGCAGUAAAAGGAAGCAAGGGAGUACGCAUCACAGAGUGUCGGGUGAUGUAUGACAAGAAGCCACAGAAAGGUCAGGCGAUGGGACAAUCGUUAGGCUAUGGCUUCGUCCAGUUUCAAGAGCAUGAGCAUGCUCUCAGCACAAUUCGUUACCUCAACAACAACCCGGACCUCUUCGGCUCACACAAGAGACCUAUCGUUGAGUUCUCCCUGGAGGAUACAAGGAAACUUAAAAUAAAAGAAAUACGUCAACAAAGGAACAAGGAAUUCUUACAAAAUCGGCUGCAAAAAGGAGGAGGGAAACCUCAGUCCCAGACAUCGGCAGAUGGAAAAGGAGCCAGUAAUGUCGGAAAUAAAGCAGCGUCCUCAUCAGGACAGACGGGAGACGAGAAAUCUCCUCUUGAAAAGGCCAUAAAGUUUUCGGGCUUCCAGACCAAACCGGAGGUCGAACAUAUGGAUUUGCAAAAUGGGAAGAAACGAAAAAAGGUUCUAGCCUUCCCAUCCCAUCGGGGGCCUAAGAUCAGGAUGCGUGACAAAGGAAAGCCGCAGGCCCCACCACCCAAGAAAGCACGUCCCGGAUCCAACAGGAAAGAUCGUCAAAGACAACAGAUCGAAAAGCCCACACAGCCCAGAAACCAGAAGGCUAAUAUGGGAAAGAAGCAAUUUAAGAGAAGGGACGGGGACCGUUUUGACAGCCUGGUGGAGCAGUACAAGAAGAAACUGAUGGGUAGCGGAGACGGGAACACCAACGUCAGAAGAAACAAGUGGUUUAAUAGCUAAUGCAGUGUCUGUAUGUCUGUGUCUGAAUGAGUGUGUGAGAGGGAGAAUGUCUUUGAAUCUUAAGUGUUUAAGGCUAACACAAGAGAGGUCCUCUACAUUCAACAUACUGAUGUUUUAAAAUAAGUACAAUGGUUAUCAUAAUUUAGUUUUGUGUGAAAUUUCACAGUUUAUGAUGCCAGUCUGUGAAAUCUUUGUAUAACUUAACUUCAUUCAGUCUAUUCCUGCAUUUCUGUAAACCAGACUGUUCUUCGAAAACCAACUGGUAAUCUACAAAUGGUUAAUUUUCAUAUACUUGGCUUUUUAUGAAAAAAAUAUUAAAAAUCCUUGAAUUGGU